AUGUUCGGACAGUACUCGCUUGAUAACAACCCGGCCGAUGGUCCCUUUCGGGUACCGAAGCUCAACCACAAGAAGUCGCGGUAUGGCUGCCAGCGAUGUCGCACACGGCGGGUAAAGUGUAACGAGGCAAAGCCCAUCUGCCAGCAUUGCGAACGCCACAGAGCCCGCUGCAUCUAUGACCGUCUCCCGCAGAAGAAAAAGGACGAGGAGACUACUUCCCCGGGGUCGUUGAAAGCGACCCCGACUGGCGGAUCGAGGACCUCCGAGACCGCUUCAAGCAAGCAUUCUCAUUCUCCUCUAUCUUCGGCGGACCCGCUGGACGAAGACGCCUCCGAGACGAAACAGCGACGGCUGCUGGAGACGAGGCUGAUGCACCUCUAUCUCACCGAGACGGGGCCGUCGUUGCCUAUUGAUGAAAAGACGUACAGCGUCUUCGCCAACAAGGUUCCCAAGAUGGCCUUGGACUCGGAGGCCUUGCUGUAUGCCAUCUAUGCCCUCGCAGCCAUCCACUCGCUCAUCUGCAAAAUCGACGACUCCUUUGACGGGCUCGACAUCCAUAGACGCUACCUAGCAAUGGCCGUCCACGAGCAUCAGAAGGAGGUUAGUGAGCUGAACGAGUCCAACUUCGAAGUCGUAUGCCUCACAUCGCACAUGCUGCGCAUCUGCACGUUUGCAACGUUGCGCUUCCGAAGCCUCCAGCCAUACACUCCCCCCCUCGAGUGGAUCUUGAUCACGGGGACGACGCAAGCGCUGUUCAACAAAGCCUGGGGCAUCAUCAUGGCGCACCCCGAGUCCAUCGUGUCAGGCAUGAUGAGGAGCUCGCCCAUCAUCUACGAUGCGCGGGCGAGGUUCGGCGAGGCGCACCGGCGGGGCCUGGAAUUCAUCCUCGAGCGGGACGCCGAGGACGUGGCGUCCGAGCCUUGGGACAGGGAGAUCCAGGACGCGUACGAGACGACGCUCAGCUACAUCGGAGGCGUCCUGCUGUUGCUGCACCCAAAGGACGGAGUGUACGACGUGGACGACGCGAGGCGACGGAUGGUCAUCUUUCCCAUGGCGGUGAAGAAGAAGUUCCUGGAGCUGACCUCGGAGGUGCGGCCGAGGGCCAUGGUGAUUCUGGCGUACUAUUUCUCGAUCCUCGUCAUUGAGAAGCUCUGGUGGGUUGGUGACGUGGGCAAGAUGGAGGUGCAGGGCAUUGCCGCCAACUUGCCGGCCAAGUGGCGGAGGAUGGUGGAGUGGCCGGUGCGGGUGGUUGAGACGGGGACCAUUCUGCCGAUAGCAUCGUGCAAGUGA